GAGAGAGAGAGAGAGGAGUCUGAGUGUAUCCCACAGCAGCAGUACUCAGAGGCUGAAGCAGAGCAGCAGGUUCUGUCAUCUAUCAGGCAAUAUUCUGCAGGUUACGGGCUCCCUUGUGGUCUGCUGACUUCAAUAGGAAACCCUUAAACACAACUUCUUCAUCAGCAGCAGCCUCUCUUAUCCUCCCUUAUUCUGCUGAACCUCUCUCUUUCUCUCUCUCUCUCUCUCUCUCUCUCUCUCUCUCUCUCAGCCUCCCUUAUCUUGCUGGACCUCUCAAACUGGACCUCUCUUGAGGAGGGAGAAGGACCAUCUUCAGUAUUGUUUUGCAAAUAUAAAUCCCUUGUACAACCGGGAAAGACAUGCAGACAUGCAUCUAGCGGAGUUUGACAACGUGACUCUGAGGGACAACACUACCAACUGUCUGUCUAUCGAUGACUUCCGUAACCAGGUGUACUCUACGGUGUACUCUAUCAUCACGGUGUUCGGCCUGGCCGGUAAUGGUUUCGCCCUGUUGGUUCUGGUUAAAACGUUCCGUCAGCGUUCUGCGUUCCACAUCUACAUGUUGAACCUGGCCGUGUCCGACCUGCUGUGUGUCUCCACGUUGCCGCUACGGGUCCUCUACUACGUUAAUAAGGGUCAGUGGAACCUGGGAGACUUCCUGUGCAGGGUUUCGUCCUAUGCCCUCUACGUGAACCUCUACUGCAGCGUGUUCUUCAUGACCGCCAUGUCCGUCACACGCUUCCUCGCCAUCGUGUUUCCCGUGCAGAACCUGCGCCUGGUCUCAGAGCGUCGCGCCCGUCUGGUGUGUGUCUGUAUCUGGGUGUUCAUCUGCACUGUCUCCUCCCCCUUCCUCAUGACUGGUCAGCACCUCGACCCAGCCACCAAUAAGACCAAGUGCUUCGAGCCUCCAGAGCGCAGAACAGGGGGCGGGCUUAGCAAGCUCAUCAUGCUCAACUACUUCUCAUUGGUCGUGGGCUUCGUGCUUCCUUUCUUGGUCAUCCUGCUGUGCUAUGCCGGGAUUAUCCGGGCUCUGCUGUCACGGCAACACACUGCGCAGCGCCAGAAGGGGGCGGGGUCUAAGGCCAUCAGAAUGAUUGUCAUAGUGAUGCUAGCAUUCCUGCUGUGCUUCAUGCCAUACCACAUCCAACGCUCCGUCCACCUCAGCUUCCUGUCCCAGACUGCCACUUCCUGUUCGGAGCUGGUGUACAUGCAGAAGAGUGUGGUGGUGACACUCUGUCUGGCUGCCUCCAACUCCUGCUUCGACCCCUUGCUCUACUUCUUCUCUGGAGAGGGCUUCAGACGACGCCUGUCAACCUUCAGGUCCACUAGCAGGACACAGAGACAACCGGCCACAGAGACAGGGGCACAGCCACCGUUAGGGAGGGGAACACGCUUUGAGUGAGUGAGUGAGUGGGGCACACGAGCCUAAGAUCACGAUGCACAAUGUCAAGCUCUGUUUUUCAUGGUUUGGGCUAUGCCCCUUAGUUCUAGUAAAGGGAAAUCUUAACGCUACAGCAUACAAUGACAUUCUAGACAAUUCUGUAGUUCCAACUUUGUGGCAACAGUUUGGGGAAGGCCUUUUCCUGUUUCAGCAUGACAAUGCCCCUAUGCACAAUGCAUAUGGAGUUGGUACCCCUUUGCUGCAAUAUUGACCUCAACUCUUCUGGGAAAUCUUUCCACUAGAACAUUGGUUGCUUGCUUCCAUUCAGCCACAAGAGCAUUAGUGAGGUUUGGCACUGAUGUUGAGCUAUUAGGCCUGGCUCGCAGUCGGCAUUCUAAUUCAUCCCAAAGAUGUUCGAUGGGGUUGAGGUCAGGACUCUGUGCAGGCCAGUCAAGUUCUUCCACAAUGAUCUCGACAAACCAUUUCUGUAUGGGCCUAGCUUUGUGCACUGGGGCAUUGUCAUGCUGAAACAGGGAAUGGCCUUCCCCAAACUAAGUUGGAAGCACAGAAUUGUCUAGAAUGUAUUUGUAUGCUGUAGCAUUAAGAUUUCCAUCGCUGGAACUAAGUGGCCUAGCUCGAACCAUGAAAAACAACUAAUUAUUCCUCCUCCCCCAAACUUUACAGUUGGCACUAUGCAUUGGGGCAGGUAGCGUUCUCCUGGCACCCGCCAAACCCAGAUUCGUCCGUCGGACUGCCAGAUGGUGAAGCGUGUUUUUUUGCGCCUACCUAGGUCAAAUUCUAGAUGGCGGAUUAAAACAAGGCUAUACCCUCCAAAAAGUGACCAUUGGAUUUAAAAAAUGGCUGAUUGACUAACAGUUUUUGUUAAAUUUAUAAUUUAAAAUCGGCCUCACGUGCACAUUUCUGUCCGUUAAGAAACAACGAUGUGCUACCUUUUGGUAGCAUUUCAGACAAUGGUAAACAAUUUUUUUAGCUGAAACUCAGAGUUCUAACACUGGGUCAGUUGCUUUUAACAACACCAUGCUGCCAGUCAUAAGAAGUGUAUGGAACAAACCAAGACUACUGUAUAUAGAUAGCUUUGAUACCACCAUAUAGCUGAGGUUAAUCAAUACAUUUAAAGAGAUAUUUUGAUUAGCUAGGUAGCUAAAUAGCUAAUGCUACCUAGCUAACAUUAGCUUGCUUGUACAAAGUCCAGCAGCUAGCCUCUGUAGCUAGCUAUCACCAGUCAGCAGAAAGCUAGCUAGCAAACAGAGGCAAAUAAAUGUAGCUAGCCGAUGAAUGUGCUUUUGUUUUGAUUAGCUAGCUAGCUAGCUAGCUAACAUAAUGUUAUACCAGUCAAGUGAGCGCUAACAUUGGCUAGGUAGUUAACCAAUAAGUAGGGAAUGCUAGCUAGCAAGCUAUAUUUUGCCAAUAAGAUUUUUCACAUAAUGCUGAAAUCAUCUUGUGUAAACUAGACACUUAGAUGUAACCAGAGCACAAACAAAGAUGCACAAAUAAAUUAGCUAAUGUCCUUGGCUAAAUUAACUUUAGCUAGCUAAGUAACCUUAGCCAACGUAAGACUUAACAUUAGCUAACGUGUAUGGCCAGUUCAUGCACAACAAUAUAUCAUACUUUCUUACACAAAACAUUACUAUUUAGUUAAUGUUAGUUACGUUAAGUCUAAAACCACCAAACUUUGGGAAACUGCCAUACUUAUAGCCAGCAGCAUACCACUGCUGGCUUGCUUCUGAAGCUAAGCAGGGUUGGUCCUGGUCAGUCCCUGGAUGGGAGACAGAUGCUGCUGGAAGUGGUGUUGGAGCGCCAGUAGGAGGGCACUCUUUCCUCUGGUCUAAAAAUGUCUCAAUUCCUGAGGGCAGUGAUUGGGGACACUGCCCUGUGUAGGGUGCUGUCUUUCGGAUGGGAUGUUAAUGUCAGGAGACCCGUAACUAACAUUCCCAAACCAUCACAGUCACCUAAUAAUCCCCAGUUUUAAAUUGGCUCAUUCAUCCCCCUCUCCCCUGUAACUAUUCCCCAGGUUAAUGAGAAUGUGUUCUGAGUCAUCUUACCUGGUAAAAUAACGGAUAAAUAAAAAUACUCAUGUUUAUUUGCAUUGCUAUGAUCAAAUGUGUCAGACAGGACUAACAUUGCAGUUAGCUAUGCUACAUUUCCUAAGAAGAACCAAUACCACAACACAAACCAUAGCCAAGAAAACAAAUUACUUUGUUGAGAUACAGUAAGUUAGCGAUGUUGAACUACAUAAAAUUAAGAACCCCAAACGCACAUGGAAACCAAACCUCAGUUGUGCAUGCUUACCAGACAGCAUUGCUGUUUCAAACAUUUGUCGAAUAAAUGACCGCUCCGGCAUAAACUCCCUCUCCUGCCGUCUUGGCAUUUAUAAUCCAAAUGUGUGCUGACUGAUCAACUUAGGUGUCAAAUUACUUUUCAGUGUGUUCACAGAAAAUCUGAAAUCGCUAUCUGCAAGUAAAACAUAGUCAGGGGACUCCACACACUGCACCAGGUUAAAAUAACAAUAUCAGAAUCAAUGCUUGGUGACUUGCUGUCUACCAGCCUGGUCUCAUAGACUAGACGUAAUAUAGUAAACAUAGUCAGGGGGCUCCACACACUGCACCAGGUUAAAACAUCAGAAUCAUUGCUUGGUGACUUGCUGUGUACCAGCCUGGUCCUCCCACUGGAACAUCCAACUCCUCCACUGUGUGAUGUUGACCACCGUUCUCUCUGAGAACAUUCUGAUGACUACCUCCAAAUCAGCGCUCAUCUGACGCACCAGGGCUGUCCCCUUUGUGUGGCCCAAGUAAUUUCCACCGAGUUUGAUGAAUAUGACAUACUCACAGUCACAUUUUGCCUUGGCGAGAAAGAAUAUUUCAGAACUCUUCCAUUGAACAGCUCAUCCAUAUUUCUCGCUCCUGUAGUCAUCCAGCCAGAUACAUUGUGUAAUCCCUCCUGUAGUCAUCUAGUCAGCCACAUUGUGUAAUCACAUAGUAAACGUUCACUUCAGUUUGUGUUUCCUUGCUCUCGCCAAUUUGCUUCGAGCAAUGAUCAGUAGGAUUAUGAGCUAGGAUCUUAUCAAUAAAUCAAAUCAAUAAAACGCAUGACAUUGUGA